AUGGCUACUUCUCCCUUCCUUAUCUUCUCAAAAACCCCAAAUUUCUUUAACUGUAAAUCAAUUGCGAAUCUGACCCGAAGACCCGUACUCCGAGCUCACUCUCCUUCCGGAAGAUUCUACACCUCACCGUCGUCAAACUCUUUUGCUUCCUCCACCUCCGCCUUCUCGUCGAGCCCGUCGUCAUUCUUUCAGAACCGAUCUGCGUCACCUAAACGUGUCAACGUAUACGGAUCAUCUCCAUCGCGUCGAAUAUAUGAUUUUCUCUCGACAAUCUUCAAAUUUCUCCGAGUCGUUCGAUCUCUGUAA